AGUCGUAUUACCUUUCAACGACAGCGUUUCAAAAGAAAACAAAAUAUUUUAUACGAUUUUUUACUUAUGGAAAAAUGUUAAGAAUAAUAAACUUUCUUAUGUAAUAAAUAUAUUGUAUAUAUUAAAGAAAAGAAGACAAAAGUAACAUGCAUUGCAUUAUGGCUGAAUAAUUACAUAUACUACACAUUGAUGCCGUAUGGAAUAGCAUAAUAUUCAGUGAACCACGAUUUAUUUACAUGCUGUAAAUAAAUUUGAUUAAUAAAAAUGGAUAAUGAAUUAAAUGAGCUUAACGAAUUGCAUACAUUAGCAGUUACAACUUUUCAGAAUGUUGCUAAUCUUACUCCAUCACUUCGACAAAUGGUGGCAAGUGCAAAGGUUUAUCAGAAAUCAAUUCAAACUACAUGCAACUUUGCAGUCAUGUUUGUGGAGUCAAUGCAGAAUGUAGCAAAUGCAGCUUUAGUUUCAGAAGGUGCAACUAAAGUAUUAGGUGAUGUUUUAUCUGAUAUAAUUGAUGCUUUCAAAGAGAUUGAAAAUAUAAAGUUAGAAUUAGCUAAAGUAUUUAUCAAUGAAGUUAUUAUUCCAUUAGAAAGCAAAGUGGAGAUUCAAUUAGGAAAUGUCAAGACAACUCAUAAGAAUUACAGUCAGCUUAAUAAAGCACAGUCAGAAGCUGUUGAAAAGGUUCGAAGUUCAGUGUUAAAAGUUCGCAGAAGAAGCUUAAGAAAGAGACGGCCUUCUCAAAAAUAUGAAGAAAAGGAAAAGCAGGCUGUAAAUGCACUUUCAUUAGAAGAAACUAAGUUAAAAGAAGUUCGAGAGCAAGGAUUACGUGAUGCGCUUGUUGAAGAGAGAAGACUUUAUUGUUUUGUUGCUGAUAGAAUGUGUUCCUAUGGAAAGGGAAUAGUUUUAUGUAACAACAAAAUUAAUAGUUUUAUAAACCAAAAAGUUCCUGAUUGGUUGCAAUUUAUUUCCAAACCUACUGAGCUUCCUCCUGAAAGUGAAAACAUUAUUAUGAAUCCUCUUGGUUACAAAAUAGGAACAGUUAAAAAAAAAGUUAUUAAACCUGAUAGGAAAGAUACAUUAAGGCGUGGAAAAUCUUUUAAUAAUCAUUAUCCAACAAAGUAUAGUACUCUUGAUGGUAGAUCUAUUCGAGGAAGUUCUCGGCCAAGUAUUUCAAAUUUUGCAUUAAGCUCAAGAGGAAAUCUUACAGAUGCUGCAAGCCAAGCAAGAUCGCUUAGUGGAAGCACUUCACCUACCCAUAGUGAAAAAGAUACACAGGAAGUUACAAAUACUACACCUUCAUACACGCAUGAUUGGGAUGAAUCAAAAAUAGACGAGGAGCAACAGAUAAAGAUACCAACCAAUGAGAAAGUUGAAGAUAAUAGCCCAGCAAAAAGUGAAUAUGCAAAUGUUAACAUCCUCAAUCAAAAAUUUGAUGACGUAUCUAUAUCAAGAUGUCAUUCAUACUCUGGCAAUAGAAUUGAACUUAAUAAAACAAUAGAGCAAAAUAAUUCUAGUGCUAUUCUUCGAAUGGAAAGUGAAAUCAGUCAUAAAGAGCAUAAAUUUUACGGACCUUCUGAAGAUUCUUUAGAAGCAUCAGAUUUUCGUUCGAGGCUUGCAUCAAUACAAAAUUUGCUAAAUCAAAGGCAAGUUAAAGAGAAAACUGUCGUCAAAAAUCGACUAAAAGCAAUUUAUGAUCAUACUGCUCGUGACGGCUCACAGCUGACUUUUGAAAAGGGUGACAUUAUUAUUCCAAUAUGUGAACCAACAUCUGGUUGGCAAUAUGGCGAAAAUGAAAAAACUGGAUUAUCAGGAUGGUACCCUGCUGCAUAUACAGAAGAGGUAGUCAUCUCUACAAUAAGCUGUAACAAAUCUGGAACAACACCAAAUGCUACUUAUUUGAGUUCUUUUAAUCAGUACAAAUCAGCAACUUUGCAUAAAGCAAGUCACAAAACAGCUCCGAUUGUUGCUAAAAAAUCAGCGAAAAUUACUGCAAAAAAGACAAGUAUUGUUGCAACUCUUGGUAAUUCUGAGCAAAGCAAUGAAAAUCCAAGAUCUCAAUCAACCAGUGAUCCGCCACGAAUUCGUUCAGCAAACUCCAUGCCUCAUAUGGUUCAUGAAAUUGAGAAUUCAAAAAAUGAAAAACUGGAUGUAGCAGCAGCAAGCAAACAAAGGACCUCUCUACAGCAAUCUUUUGAUGAUUCUUUUGAUGACGAAGAAUUGGAUGCAAAUUUUAAUAUGCCUCCUCCACCUCCUCCUCCGAUAUUUUCGGAAAGUGAACUUGCAGUAUUAAAUUAAAUAGUAGAGAUAUCAAAUAGGCUGUGAUGCAUUAACCACAAACGACACUAAUAGUAGAUAAAAAGAAUAGACAAUAGAAGAUGAAUUUUUUUUUAUUCAACUGCUGUUUAUUUAAAUCAUAUCCUAACUCUUAACAAUUCUAUUUUAUUAUUAUUAGAAAUGAUUAAA